CAGUCGCAAGCCGGUCGCCGGGCAGGGUGGAGGUGUGCUCGCUUAUAUUUUUCUCAUACAUAUAUAUGUGUAUAUAUAUAUAUAUAUGACAAAUACAUACUUGCAUACAUAUCUACAUAUAAAAUAUAUAUAUAUAUAUACACACAUAUAAACAUACACGUAUAUACACGUAAAUGAUGGGUCGUACGUCGUGGGUCGCGAGUCGCCGCCAAGGAUAAACGUCGUUGGUCGUCGCGACGCCGCCGCGUAGUGUGCGCGCAGGUACAUAUACCUCGUUGAAGAAAAAAAAAAAAAAUAUAAGAGAGCGAGAGAAGCGUGUUGCUAAUAAGAAGAUUUCGCGAAUGAAAUUGUUAGGAGGAGUACAUGCGAGUGCGAAACGCGCGGGAGUGGCAAAAAGAAAGAUUUCAACGAAAGUAGUAGUCUCUUUCUCUCUCUCUCUCUCUCUCUUUCUUUUUUUUCUCUCUUCCUCCUAUUCUAUUCUAUUCUAUUCUGUUCUGUUCUGUUCUGUUCUGUUCUGUUCUGUUCUGAUCUGAUCUGAUCUGUUCUGAUCUGUUCUGUUCUGUUCUCUACUCGUUGUGUCUGUCUACUUUCUCUCUGUUGGCAGUUUCGCGUACGAAAGACUACGCGUCGCCGGGCGUACGUAAAGAAGGACAGAUAGAUAAAUGUAUGGAUGGACGGAUGGACGGAUAAAUGAAUGGAUAGACAGAUAAAAUAUAUAUAAUAGAUAGGUAAGAUAUAUAGAUAGAUAGAUAGAUAGGAGAAAGAGAAUAGAGGUAUUUGUAUAGACAUUGAAAUAAAGUCAUUUAUUUCGUAUAAAUCAGACGGUGCAGUGCGCGAAAAGUGCAAGAGGGCAAUCGUGUCGUUUUUCUCUCUCUUUCUCUCUCUCUCUCUCUCUUUCUUUCUCUCUCUCUCUCUCUCUUUCUCUCUCUCGAUCUCUUUCUCUCUUUUAUUCGCGCUCGCGCGUGACUGUGUGUGGCGGGUAUCGCGUAAAAACGAGAAACAGGAAGAAGCGAGAUACAGGAAUACUGACGGUAGUUAAGGAAGAAGAAGAAGGAAGGAAGGAAGAAAGAAAGGAAGAAAAGAAGAAAGAAAGAAAAAGGAAAGGAAUAAAAUAAAGAUUAAAGAAGAAGAAAAGAGGAAGAAGAAGAGAAGAGGAAGAGAAUAAUCGUGGGGUGUGCUGCUGCUGCUGCUGCUGUUGGUGCUGUUGGGUGGCGGGGGGGAGGGAAGGGACGACCUAGCGAAAGAAGAGAGAGAGAGAGAGAAAGAGAGAGAGAGAGAGAGAGAGAGAGAGAAGAAAUAAAAAGAAAAAAAAAAAAAACAACGAAGACGAGGAUUACUACGGACGACGACGACGACGAGGACGACAACGACGGUGGUCGUGGUGAUGAUAGUGGCAAGAAGACAACAACGACGUCGAGUACGAGGAUAACAAUAAUAACAAUAACAACAACAACAAUAAUAAUAAUAAUAAUAAUAAUAAUAAUAAUAAUAAUAAUAAUAACGCAACGACAACAACGACAUUACAUGCUAGGACGGUGCUUUUAUCGCGUGCGAUUUUUCGCUGUUACGCGCGAAGGUGCGUCGUCACAAAUGACAGGGAGUUGAUCAAUGUGCACGAAAUAUGGCUGAGGAGCUGCUGGUCACCCUGAACCGCGGCGACUCCUCUGGAUUCGGUUUCUCACUUCUUGGAACGGCGGGACUUCCUCACGUUAUUUACGACAUCGUCGAGAACUCGCCGGCUGCGAAGAGUGGCAAGGUCGAGGCCGGUGACGUCAUACUUAGGGUGAACGAAGUCGAUGUCAACCGAUUUAGUACUAAAGAAGUGCUGAAAUGUCUGCGGCUCUCAUCGGACCCCGUCACCCUGAAGCUAAGAAGGGAUCCCGCGAUAAAGGCGCACGUGCGUCGACUCCUAUCACCUGGGGAUGCAACGACCGAGGAGGAUGCAAGCGAAGUCGCGAAAUCAACCCGAGAAGGAAAUAUCAUCGCGCAAAACUCUAGAGACGUGAAAUCCUCAUCGAGUAGUGGUUGUGAGAACGAGGAAUCGAGAAAAUCUGGAUCGCCGGUUUUGCCCGUGGGUUCACCUCAAGGUCCUCAAGGUGCCACACAAUAUUCGACCAGAAGCAAUGGUUCCUACAGUGACCCAUCGGGUUCGUCCGACUUGGAAGCCCUUUUACCAUCAAUGGAUAGUUUCAAGGAAGAGGAACGUGCUCAGUGGGAGCCACUUUCUGGUGAAAAGUUUGGUCGUCAGAAGAACACGCCUAGGUUCGAAGCUUAUAUGAUGACCGGCGAUCUCAUGCUGAACCUGUCGCGAACGCAGCAAAGCAGCGGUUUCCUGCCGAAGUACCAGAAGAAGGUCGACUCGCUUAGGUACAACAAUCAUCACUCUCACCAUCACCAUAAUCAUCACAAUCACCACCAUCAUAACUCGGUACCUACCAGUCCUAACGAGAUGUUAGGCCAUCACCGUGCGUACAAGUGCACUGGCUCGAACUCGGCCAGCACCUCGCCGGUCGGAAUCAGCAAACGCGACGGCGGCCAAUGCACGAGCCAGGGCGACUCUAGCAAGCCCAAUGCCGCCGCGAGCAGUUUCGGUUAUUCGAGCGGCUUCGUCCGUACCUCGCGCUCCGAGGAUCACUUGCAAUUCCAAAAGGAUCCCUCGAUGAGCGCAGUGGACAUAGACAUUGACGACGACGUCACGUCCAGCCUGAAUACCCUGUUGGACACGCGGCCGGACAGCGGCCAGGGCCUGUCCAGCGAGAGGAUCGUCUGGACGUACAACGCGCCGGUCAGCUCGCCAUCCGCCUCGGAGCGCACCUCCUGCUGCCAAAAUGGUAGCUCCUCUCAAUCCUCUUCCUCCUCAUCCUCGAGUUCCUCCUCGAGCGGCUCCUCGACGGAGGGUACUAGUCCGCAGCGUUCCCUAUCACCUGCUUCCCCGACCUCGGUCUCGUCCUCCGUCAUGUCCUCCAAUUCUGGAUCCCGUAGGUUCCCACCGCCGGUACCGACCGCUCCGCCGGCCCUGGUGGGACCCUCGGGCGACGGGACCACCUCCUCGACCUCCGGCCUACAUCCCACCAACGGCGACCUCAGCCAGUCGGAGGCCAUCAGCAACAUGUCCAGUCCGGACUACAACGACGAGGAGACCAUGGAUAUUCUCAGUGUGCGCGACAUUAUGAUGGUCAGUGAUCCCAGUGACAGUGACUCGACGAUACUCGCGAGCGAGCCACCACAAAGGAGACUCAAGCCGAGUACUACGUCGAACACUACUAACGCACCACCGACUUCCUACGCUCAGCAACAGCAGCAACAACAACAGGAUUCUGCGGCCGAGCAUAGGAUAGUUAUUCAAGUUAAGGGACCGGACAAAGAUUCAUCUUCGAGAAACGCUAGUCCGAGACAGGCAAGAAGAAGGACGGUUCCAUCUGGUGGUGGUAGCGCAUCUUCCGUUGAUCUAUUGCCACCGAACAUUUCGACGGUACAAAAUGCUGCCCAACGAUCCUCACCGUCGACUCUAAACUCUGGUAACGUUACUCCAGAGUUCGUUGGUUAUCAGGAGCUCAAGGAAAGUGAGGAUGAGAGGGAGGCUUACAGUGCUGGAUUCUACGACGAUCAGAAACACAGCGGUGCUUCCCCACCUCAGUCGGCUGAUGAGGAAAGCGAUAUCGAGAGUCUCCAUAGCUUCCAUUACAGUCCAAAAGCGGUGGAUCUACCGUCUGCCGUUCGACUAGCUAAAAGGCUAUAUUCUUUAGAUGGCUUUAAGAAAUCCGAUGUCUCCAGACAUCUUAGUAAAAACAACGACUUCAGUAAAGCGGUAGCCGAGGAGUACUUGAAAUAUUUCAACUUUGAACGAGACACGCUGGACGUGGCUCUCAGAAAGUUCCUUGUUCAGUUCUCUUUAACGGGGGAGACCCAAGAAAGGGAGCGAGUUCUUGUACAUUUCUCUAAGAGGUAUCUUGAUUGUAAUCCCGGCACGUUUAACUCUCAAGAUGCAGUUCACACAUUAACUUGUGCUAUUAUGUUGCUAAAUACCGAUCUUCAUGGGCAGAAUAUCGGUAGAAAAAUGUCAUGUUCGGAGUUUAUAGAAAAUUUAUCAGAACUCAACGACGGUGAUAAUUUCCCUAGGGAGGUGCUAAAGCAACUUUACAAUGCUAUCAAAUCUUAUCCCUUGGACUGGGCUUUGGAUGAUGAGGGCGAUGAAACGACGACUCAGGUGAUCCAACAGGGUGAUGGACCAGCGAUAGCUGGUACUGGAAAUCCGUUUCUCGAUGUGCCAAAUGUUACAGGUGCUACGGAGUUCAAGAAGGGUUACGUUAUGCGCAAAUGUUGUUAUGAUUCCAAUGGGAAAAAAACUCCAUUCGGGAAGAGAGGUUGGAAGAUGUAUUAUUGUACAUUGAGAGAGCUUGUAUUAUAUUUACAUAAGGACGAGCAUGGCUUCCGUAACGAUAGUUUGCACAACGCGAUACGUAUUCAUCAUGCAUUAGCGACGAAAGCGUCGGAUUACACGAAGAAGCAACACGUUUUCAGGCUACAAACUGCCGAUCAAGCGGAAUAUCUUUUCCAAACGAGCGAUUCCAAAGAACUACAAUCGUGGAUCGACACAAUCAAUUUUGUAUGCGCCAGUUUCUCAUGCCAACCCCUCGCAGGAGCCGUCGGUUCUCAACGAAAAUUUCAACGGCCUCUGUUACCCUGCAGUCACACCAAAUUAUCUCCUAGAGAACAGUUGCGGGACCACGAGGAUAGAGUUAGCAGACUGGAAUCCGAACUGGAUGAACAUAAACGGCAUCCUCCGGAAAGAGGAGCUAAAGCUUUAGCCGUACAAAAUUAUAAAGAGAAGGGUGCAUAUUUACAUCACGAGUUAAAGAGGUAUAAGACGUACGCCUACUUGUUACGUUCAAGACUGGCAUUCGCAGAGGUCGAACCAUCUCUGGUAGAGAGCAGUAUCGGUGAAGUGGAUGAAGGAAGCGGUGCUUUGUUGAAUGCUGACGUAGCGUUAGUACCUCCUC